AUGGAAAGGGUUGGACUAGUAGAAGUGCAGUAUGAGAAGGAUUGUGGUGGGUUGCGGGUGCAUGAUCUGACGCACGAUUUCGCGGUGGAAGAAGCGAAGAAGAAGGAGGGUGUAGAAGAGUGGUAUAAGAAGAUGGCGUAUGUGUGCAGGGCAGGAGGAGGGUUGCUUGCGAUGAGUGAGGACCGAGACGGAGAGGGGAAGAGCGCACGGGAGAAGUAUGUUCUCGAGAAUAUAUAUCGUGUUUUGAAGCAGGGUGGGUAUGUAGAGGAGCUGAAGAGGCUAUUUUUGAGUGCGCGAUGGGUGAAGACAGUGAUACGGAGAGGCGGGGUUUGGCAAUACGAGGAAGCUGUGAAGGGAUUGAGUAGAGACUUGAAGGGGAAAAGAGGAAGCGGGAAGAUGGGAAUGGGACGGGGAGAUGAGGAUGCAGUGGAUGGAAUGGUUUUGAUGAUGCGGGCUGCGCGACUGAGUGUACCGUUUUGUGGUGCAAGUAAUGCCGGGAUUUACUUUCAAUUGUAUGGGUGA